AUGUGCGACCCUGACUUUAGGAGACACCGCAACACUGAUGAAAGGGAUGCAUCUUCGUCACCGGUGAUUGAGCAAGCCACGGUGUUGAAGUCCUCAUUAGGCACGGGAGAUGACUUGAUGUGCAAUGGAGAGCAGCAGUUUCUCCUACAGACAGCGCGAGCUUGGACAGAGGGUCCACAUGAACGUACGCUUGUCAGGCUUCUCCUGGACGGUGGCAGCCAGCGAACCUUCAUUCAUCGCAAGCUAUCCGAAAAGCUGCAGUUAAAAGUGCUGGGAGAAGAGGAACUUAAAAUAUUUGCCUUUGGUGAGACAUCAGCCACCACACGCACAAAAACGCGUCGAGUGGAGCUGUGGCUCAGAAGCCAGUACGACGGAAAAGAGGUGCGAGUGGAAGCGCUGGAGGUUCCUUGCAUCUGUGCAGAUAUCAUGGCUGCUCCAUCAAAUUCUGUUCUACUUCAACUUUCAAAAUUUCACUUCCAAGUCGCAGACGCCUCGCGGGGCGACGAAAGCGAAAAUAUUGACCUUUUGAUUGGCGCUGAUCAUUACUGGGAAAUUGUCACGGGAUCCACUAAGCGUCUCAGCUCCAAAUUGAUGGCAGUGGAGACUGUAUUCGGAUGGACAGUCCAGGGCCAGGUCGGCACAAGGAAGUCAACAGGAGUCUGCUCCUCGGCUGCUGGCGUGAUGCGGAUAGGAGUGAGUGAACAAAUUGACAAGGAAAUAUCAGCACAGCUAAAGUCUUUCUGGGAGCUCGAGCACAUCGGUAUCAAGGAACAUGAGCCAGUUCGUCACGAGGACGCAGUCCUUCAGCACUAUAAAGAAACCGUCAACUUUGAGAAUGGCCGCUAUAAGGUGUCGUUCCCUUGGAAUUCGAUGGUUUACGAGCUUGGCGACAACUACGAGUGCGCAGCAAGGCGUCUUAAAGCACAGACAAAGCGCCUCUUGGAAGGAGAUUCGUUGAUUAGGGAAUACGACGCCUGCAUAAGAGACUACAUAGAAAAGGGCUAUGCAGAGCCAGCCAGCAAGGACUGCGGCACGUCGGAAGGUCCGGUGUACUAUAUGCCACAUCAAGCAGUUGUUCGUCGCGAAAGCCAGACGACAAAACUGAGGGUAGUAUUUGAUGCAUCAUCAAGUGCCAAAAAUCGCCUCUCACUGAACAAUGUUUUGGAAAGUGGCCCAAACCUAAACCCAGAGCUCAUUGAUCUGCUGAUCAAUUUCCGUACUUACAACAUUGCCAUCGUUGCGGAUAUUGAAAAGGCCUUUCUCCAAAUAUCACUAUCAGAGGGCGAUCGGAACGCUGUGCAGUUUCUCUGGUACGCUACGACGCCAAAGAAAGGGGAAGAGCUUCCAGCUGUGGUGACCUAUCGCAUGACUCGCGUGCCGUUCGGUGUCACGUCGAGCCCAUUUCUCUUGGCCGCAACGUUGCAACAUCAUCUUGAAGGCCUGCCGGAACGGUAUGCUGAAACUGCAGGUAUUCUGCGCAGGCAUCUUUACGUCGACGACCUUGUAACUGGGGUUGACAGCCUUGACAAGGGUAAAGUCUUGUGCCAGGAAUCCAAAGAUAUAUUGUCUCAAGCAGGGAUGCGGCUAGACAAGUGGAUGUCGAACGACCGCGAUCUCAUCAACUUCUUAGAGAAUGGCAAUGUGGAGAGAACGAACGCUGGUGCUGGACAUGCUGCAGCUACAAAGCAAAAUAUUAAGGUUUCGAGUACUCCCAAGCGCGAGAAUGCGAACCGCUACGUCCUGAUGAGGCAGAUGCUCAUCUCGGGCAAGGUAUAUGAGCUCAGUGCCUACGAGACGGCCCCGCACUCUACGUGCAAGGAGGCCAUCCGCAGCAUCCCUCUUCAAGACGGCCCUGACGUCAUCGAUGCCAAGAUUGUCCACGCCAAUAAUCCACUCGCUUUAGCAGCGAAGAGAAUAGCUCAAACCGGUGCAGUCAUCGUCGCGUUCGACGGGCAUCGUGUACCGAACUUUGUCAAGCACGGACCGUUACUAAUGCAGUGCUCGCUCUACCGCUAG